AUGACACCAAAAAGAAAUGUACCUGCCAGGUACUGUUUUCUCAGUACCUAUGAAGCCAUAUUUGCAGCUCUCUUUGUCAUAAUGGUGGUGAUUUGUGCUGGAUUAAUUGCAGUGUCCUUGCUGGCAAUCAAGGAAACAGAAAAAGAUGCAGAAUUUGGGAAAAGUCAUGAAGCCAGAGGAACAUUUAAAAUAACAUCCGGAGCUACAUAUAACCCUAAUUUGCAAGAUAAACUCUCAGUGGAGUUCAAAGUCCUCGCAUUUGACCUUCAGCAAAUGUUGGAUGAGAUCUUUCAAUCAAGUAAACUGAAGAAUGUAUAUAAAAACUCAAGAGUUUUACAAUUUAUAAAUGGCAGCAUUGUAGUUAUAUUUGACCUUUCCUUUGGCCAGUGGGUAUCAAAUGAAAAUGUAAAAGAAGAAUUGAUACACGGUAUUGAAGCAAAUAAAUCCAGUCAACUGGCCACUUUCCAGAUUGAUAUGAACAGCAUUGAUAUCACAGGUAUCUUGACUACUAGCAGUUCUCUGGCAUCUCCAGAAAAUAUCUCAGUAGAAUGCUCACCUCCCUCAAGACUUUGUGCUGAUGGGCUAACUUGUGUCAGAACUGAUUUGUUCUGUGAUGGAGAAGCCAACUGUCCCGAUGGUUCAGAUGAAGACAGUAAAGUAUGUGCAACAGUUUGUGAUGGAAAAUUUUUGUUGACUAGAUCUUCUGGGUCAUUCCAGGCUACUCAUCAUCCAAAACCUUCUGAAUCCAGUGUUGUUUGUCAGUGGAUUAUACGUGUAAACCAAGGACUUUCCGUUAAACUGAGCUUUGAUUCUUUUAAUACAUUUUACACCGAUGUAUUAAAUAUUUAUGAAGGUGUGGGCACAAACAAGAUUUUAAGAGCUUCUCUUUAUGAAACUAAUCCUGGCACAAUUCGGAUUUUUUCCAACCAAGUUACUGCCACCUUUCUUAUAGCAUCUAAUAAAAAUGACUAUAUUGGGUUUACUGUAACAUAUACUGCAUUUAACAGCAAAGAGAUUAAUAAUUAUGAGAAAAUUAACUGUAAUUUUGAAGAUGGCUUUUGUUUCUGGACCCAGGACUUAAACGAUGAUAAUGAAUGGGAAAGAUUUCGGGGAAAAGCUCUCCCUCCUUUUAGUGGACCAGAUUUUGACCACACUUUUGGGAAUAGUUCAGGAUAUUAUAUUUCUACACCAUUUGGACCAGGGAGAAAAGAAAGAGUCAGCCUUUUAAGUCUCCCUUUAAACCCCAGUUUGGAACCAGUGUGCCUUAGUUUCUGGUAUUACAUGUGUGGUGAAAAUGUCUAUAAAUUAAGCGUUAAUAUCAGCAGUAAGCAAAACAAGGAGAAGACAAUUUUUCAGAAGGAAGGAAAUUAUGGACAAAAUUGGAAUUAUGGACAAGUAACAUUAAAUGAGACAGCGGAAUUUAAGGUUGCUUUUAAUGCUUAUAAAAAUGAGUUAUGGAGGGACAUAGGACUGGAUGACAUUAGCCUAACACAUGGGGUUUGCAACAAAAGUCCCUAUCCAGAACCAACGUUGGUCCCAACUCCUCCACCAGAACUUCCUACGGACUGUGGAGGGCCUUUUGAACUGUGGGAAACAAAUUCAACUUUCACAUCUAUGAACUUUCCUAACAGCUACCCAAAUAAGGCUUUCUGUAUUUGGAAUUUAAAUGCACAAAAGGGAAAGAAUAUCCAACUUCAUUUUCAAGAAUUUGAUUUAGAAAGUAUUUAUGAUGUAGUUGAAAUCAGAGAUGGUGAAGGUGAUUCCCUUCUCUUAGCUGUAUACACAGGGUCUGGUCCAGUAGAGGAUGUGUUCUCAACCACUAACAGAAUGUCUGUGAUUUUCAUCUCUGACGAUAAUGGGGCAAUGGGGGGAUUUAAAGCAAAUUUCACUACUGGCUAUCACUUGGGGAUUCCAGUGCCCUGCGAGGAACAUCAUUUUCAGUGUAUGAAUGGAGAGUGCAUUUCACUGGUGAAUCUCUGUGACGGUGUUCCACACUGUCAGGAUGGCUCAGAUGAAAAACAUUGUGUGCGUCUUUUCAAUUCAACAACGAAGAACGAUGGUUUGGUGCAGUUCAGAAUUCAGAAUGUAUGGUAUGUGGCUUGUGCUGAGAACUGGACCAUGCAGAUUUCAAAUGAUGUUUGCCAACUACUGGGAUUAGGGAGCGGAAAUUCAUCAAUGCCAGUUUUCUCUACUGGAAGUGGGCCAUUUGUAACAGUAAGCACAGCACCAAGUGGCAGCUUAAUACUAACGCCAAGUAAACAGUGUUUGCAGGAUUCACUGAUUAUGUUACAAUGUAACCAUAAAUCCUGUGGGAAAAAAAUGGCAGCUCAAGAAGUCAACCAGAAGAUUGUUGGAGGAAGUAAUGCCAAAGAAGGAGCCUGGCCCUGGGUGGUGAGUCUGUACCUUAACGGCAAGCUGACCUGUGGUGCUUCUCUGGUCAGCCCUGAGUGGCUGGUGUCUGCUGCACACUGUGUGUACGGGAGAAAUGAACAGUCAGCACCGUGGAAAGCAAUACUGGGCCUGCAUAUAGCAUCAAACCUGAGUUCUCCUCAUAUCCAAACAAGAUUGAUAGACCAAAUUAUCAUCAACCCACAUUAUAAUAAACGCACUAAGGACAGUGACAUUGCCAUGAUGCACCUUGAAUUUAAAGUGAACUACACAGAUUACAUACAACCUAUUUGUUUACCAGAAGAAAGUCAAGUUUUUCCUGUAGGAAAGAACUGCUUUAUUGCUGGCUGGGGGAGACUUUACUCUCAAGCUCCUACUGCAGACGAAUUGCAAGAAGCUGAAGUUCCUCUUGUAUCAAAUGAAAAAUGCCAAAAACAAAUGCCAGAAUAUAAUAUUACGGAAAACAUGGUCUGUGCAGGCUAUGAAACAGGAGGAAUUGAUUCCUGUCAGGGUGAUUCUGGAGGACCAUUAAUGUGCCUGGAGGACAACAGGUGGUUCCUGGCGGGUGUGACAUCCUUUGGAUACAAGUGUGGGCUCCCUAAUCGCCCGGGGGUCUAUGCCCGGGUCCCAAGAUUUGUGGAAUGGAUUCAGAGUUUUCUGCAUUAG